UGUCACACAAACAAAACUUUAUUUUUUGUUUUCAUUUCUCACGGAAUAAAAAUGUUAUCCGCUCCAAGUAAUGUUAAAUUCCUGAAUCCUCUCUACGGCCAACUUAUAAUUGGCCCACCAGGCUCUGGUAAAUCAACAUAUUGUCAACAUGUCUACGAUUUCUACAAAGAUCUCGGACGCAACGUUUGUGUGGUGAAUCUGGAUCCCGCAAAUGAAAACAUGAACUACUCGCCCGCAAUCGAUGUUAUGAAACUAAUCACAGUCGAAGAUGUCAUGGACAAACUCAAUCUCGGUCCAAAUGGAGCUCUAAUGUACUGUAUGGAAUAUUUGGAAGAGAACUUCGAUUGGUUCCUGGGUGAACUUAAAAAGUCCACAUGCAACUACUUCUUGUUCGACUGUCCCGGCCAAGUGGAGCUGUACACGCAUCACAAAUCAAUGACCAACAUUUUUGGUAAACUAGAACGCUUGAGCUAUCAUUUGUGUGUUGUCAACCUGAUUGAUUCACAUUAUUGCUCAGAACCAAGUAAAUUCGUGGCGACCCUGUUGAUGGCUCUGAGCACUAUGCUCCAAAUGGGCCUGCCUCAUGUGAAUGUCCUGAGCAAAGCCGAUUUGUUUAAGAAAAACGAAACGAAGCUACACUUCAACUUAGAUUUCUACACAGACGUGUUGGAUUUGAAGUAUUUGCUUGAAGCUCUUGACUCUUCACCAAUAACAGCAAAAUAUGCUAAGCUAAAUGCGGCCAUAGUUGAAAUGGUAGAGGAUUAUAGUCUUGUGUCGUUCCAGCCUCUGGAUGUUAAGAAUACUGAAAGUUUAUUGCGGUUGAAAAAUUUGGUUGACAAAGCAAACGGAUAUGUGUACAAAGCAGGAGAAGAAAAAUCCAUCAAUACACUUAUGGCCUGUGCAGUUGGUGCUGAAUCGGAGAGUUAUAGGAGCUCUCAGGACAUUGAUCCGUAUAUUGGAGGAUGCAAUGUGGAUUUUAUGAUUUAAAUAAAUAAAAAUGUAAAUUUAAGAUUAA